CCAAUUUUUUCUGCACUCUUCUGCCUCUUGCUUCCCUCUGUCUUCUUCACUACCCCUCUAUCUUCGUCCUCUUUGCUCUUCCACCAGCACGGCUAAUUGAUUUAUCUUCAGUAGAUAGAAUACAGACAUUGAAACGCACAGCGCACUCUUCGAACCAUGACGCAAUCUAUCAGCGCAGACCCGCGUUCCGCUUCGGACGCGCCGAGAGAAUAUCAGCUUGAGGUCGCCAGAAGAGCCAUGGAGCGCAACAUUAUCGCCGUUGCGGACACGGGUAGUGGCAAGACUCUGAUAUCUGUUCUGCUGCUCAAGCACAUGGUCGCCAAUGCACGCCAAGAAGCAGCCAAGACAGGUCGUCGGCAUAAACUGUCGUUCUUUGUGGUCAACAAGGUUCCCUUGGUAUUCCAGCAAGAGGCCUAUAUUGCCAGCAACAGUGAUAUCAAAACCAAGGCCAUCUGCGGAUCCAUGAACGUGGAUAACUACGAUCAAGCGACAUGGGAUGCCAUAUUCGAGGCGUCGGAAACGAUAGUCUUGACAGGACAGAUCCUUUUGAAUAUCUUCCAGCACGCCUUUCUCAAGAUUGAGGAUGUGGGUUUUGAAUUGACUUGCAAUCUACUUAUCUUCGAUGAGUGUCAUCACGCGAAAAAGAAUCACUGCUACCGACAGAUCAUGGCAAUUUUUUAUCGCGAAGCGCAUCCAGAGCAUCGGCCAAAGAUCUUUGCCAUGACGGCAUCCCCUCCCAAGGACAGGGGACCCAACGGGUUUUCAGCAACAGGACUGGAGGAGACCAUGGAUUCACAUAUCAUCACACCUUCGUAUGACGAGAUCCUACAGUUCACGAAGCAGCCCAAGGAGAGUAUCAUCUGGUACGAUGGCCUGCUAGGGGUCGCAGGCACCAGCAAUCUAUCUCGCGUUGAGAUCGAUGGCCUGCUAGAGGCCGCAGGCACCAAUAAUCUAUCUCGCUUUGAGGCCAAUGCUCUGCGUCAGCUUAGGGAACUCUGCGAAAGCGAUAAAAAAUUCAAAACGGCUCUCGGCGCCUUUGAAUACGCAAUCAUUGUUCUUGGCCCGUGGUGCGCGGCCAGGAUCUGGAAGUAUGCGCUGCUGGGAGUUCGCGAAGAAGUCCGGAACGGUCAAAGUACGCAAAUGGAAAAUCGUCUCGAGCUGGUUGCUGCUGCAGAAGACAUUGCCAGGAGGAUUCAACUCACACCCUUGGAUCCUGAGCUGAAUCUUGUCACUGAUAAACUGAGGAAGCUGGUCGAGAUACUGAAAGCGCAACGACACAUCCGAAAGGGGUUCUGUGCAAUCUUGUUUGUGGAGCGUCGACCGGUGGCACAUGUCGUGUAUGAGUUUUUGCGAGAGUGCAAGAAAUUUGGACCCGAAUUUGGGCUUGACUUCAUUCACGCCGCAGUGCUGACGGGCCAUGCAGCCCAAGGCGAUGUGAGCAGGCACCAGAUGCAACUGAAGGGACAAAGGAGGGUGCUUGACGGGUUCAGGAAGGGUCACAUUAAUUUGCUGGUCUCUACGGAUGUCGCAGAAGAGGGUCUGGACAUUGAUCGCUGCCGACUCGUCAUCAGGUUUGACAUCAAGAACACGCUAAUCAGCCAUAUCCAAUCCCGCGGACGAGCUCGAGAUCCCGUUUCCGAAUACAUUAUCAUGCAGCAGCGCGGGGAAGCCAGCCAUCUCGAGAAAAUCAAAGUCCAGGAGGAGGAGAUGAGGCUCUGGUGCAGCGGCUUGACCAUAGACCGCAUCGUGAAUCUGAAAGGCUCAGCUGGUCGCGGAGAGGGCAACAGCGGCAGCGAAGAUAACAACGAUAACGAUGAUGAUGACGAGGGGCUCGAACAGAUGCGCGAGCUAGCGAAUGUCCAGACCAGCUAUAUUGUCAAGUCCACAGGUGCCCGAGUGACCUUUAAUUCAGCUAUUGCACUACUCCACCAGUACUGCGCUUCGCUACCAUCGGAUGCCUACAUGCGGCCAAAGCCGUACUUUGAGAUCCUGGCAGCGAAAACCGCAGGCGAGUGGGACUGCCUCUUGACCCUGCCGCCGAAUGCGCCCAUCAUCGAUUUCUAUCAGGCGUCUUUCUCGAGGAAGAUGCUGGCCAAGAAAGCGGUCGCUUUCCAGGCGUGCACGGAGCUGCAUAGCAUAGGAGCUCUUAAUGAUCGACUACUCCCGCACCGGAACAAGGUUAUGAUUGAGAGCGAACUGUAUUCGAGCGAGGACGAGGAGGAUCAGGAGAAAGAGGAUGACGUUGAUGACCAGGAUACUAAAUCAAAGUCGUUGAAGCGAUACCCUUUCCGUCAGCCGGAGUUUUGGGACAACAAGAUUGUUGCGCCUACUGCUGGGGCUUCAGAGGAAGGGGCAGUGGCUUCUGAAACCAUCCGUUUGUACAUGUCGUUAUUCACUCUUCGUCCACAAACAGCCUCUGGUUCCGGCUCAGGAUCGCAAGAUGAUCUAGACGAUACGAGAAGCAACUUCCGCAGCCUUGGACUUCUUACGGCUACGGCACCUCCACAUAUCGACCCGAUUGAAUUAUUCUUUGACGGAGUGUCGCGGUGGGUUGAUAUCGUUGUAGUUUCCAAGCCCCUGCUCCUCACAUCGCAGCAGGUGAGCACCCUGCAUCGGUACUGCAACGUCUUGUACCUCAACUUGUACCGUAAACCAAUUGACAUGGGCACACCAGAAUCAGGAAUGCGCCACAUCAUUGCGCCUCUCAAGUUCGAAGCAGACAUCUUACUCAAAGAUGAGCGUCCGCUGGAUCAACUGAUCGACUGGGACGAGAUCGGAGCAGGCGCAAACCACCCCACUACAGUAGAUAUGCCCGAUAGUACAGAGCUCGUGUGGGAUAUGUUGAAAGACAAAGUGCUGCUCGAAAAGGCUCAAGCAGGCAGGAAUUAUUUCCCCGUCGCGAUCAGGAAGGAUCUCACGCCAGCAUCGCCUAUUCCACAAGGUAUCCAAGGGACUCGUGAGGAAGCUCAAGACGGUACUAUAUUUACGGACUUCUACAAAGUGAAGCGCGACAUAGCCAUCAAGAAUUCGAAUCAGCCACUGGUGGAGGCCGUACGCUGUCCAAGUCUGAAGGAUCUACUGCAGCCCGACUAUGAGAGCAAGACCCCCAAGCAUUCGAAGGGAUCUGCUGCCCGGUUUCUGAUCCCAGAGCUGUGCUCUAUGCUCCCUGUCGCUGCCAGUGUCCUGCGUUCUGCAUCCUGGAUGAUCUCUGUGCUCACAUGGUUAGAUGGCCUGUUCAGGACUUUGGAGUUCCUUCAAGAAUUUAAGUUGGAUAUUCAGAGGCCCUUAAUGCUCGAGGCGCUCACAGCGUCCGAGCUAGGCUAUGCCAUGAACUACCAGCGUCUGGAGCUGCUCGGGGACACUUUCUUAAAGUUCCUGGUCACACUGGACCUCUACAUUCGCUACCCGACCUUGGACGAGGGACAAUUAACGCUGAGACGCACGGUCAAAGUUUCGAACAGACAACUGUAUAAACUGGCCCGGCGGUUGAAACUAAAUCGAUUCAUUAUCAAGCGCCAACGGUUCAAUGCCCAUUUUUUUGCACCGCCUCCAGAUACGCCAAAAUCCGAGCAGGGCCAGAUCAUCUCUCACAAGACGAUGGCGGAUUUGGUCGAGUCCACAUUGGGAGCCGCAUAUCUCACAGGAGGAUUGGAUCUUGGCCUCAAGGCUGCGGUGGCAUUAAUGGGACCUAUGGAGGGCAUCAACCAUUGGGAAGACUUUGCCCGCUCAUAUCAAGCCAUGAGUCAGGGCAGGACUGCAGCAUCUGCUACCUUUAUACCCGAUACGAUGUUCGGAGAUCUGAGCCAUGUUGAGGAGUCUAUCGGCUAUCAUUUCUCGGACCAGCGACUUUUGGCGGAAGCACUCACGCACGCCACCAGUCAUCGACCUCAGACACAAUGCUACCAGCGGCUUGAGUACUUGGGCGAUGCCGUGUUGGACAUGCUGGUAGCCCAGUACUGGGUCUUGCGGUACCCUAUCAGCGGGCCUGGUCAACUCCAUGCCAUCAAGUCUGCCAGCAUCAACAACCAGAUCCUGGGAGUGAUCUGCAUUGAACUUGGUUUACACCAACAUAUUGUGCACAUGAGCCCAGCCCUGGCCUCUGAUAUCACUCGUGCUGUCGAGGCGCUUGGAGACGCGAUUGAAGACGCCAAAGACACGCCCGCCGGCGAGCCUGAAGGAGAGUUUUGGAAAGAUUUCGGAUACACCAAGGUGCUGGGGGAUGUCCUAGAGAGUGUCAUGGGUGCAAUCUAUGUGGACAGUGGGUUCCAGUUCUCUGUGAUCACCGAUGUCUUUGAGCGGCUUAUACGACCUAUUCUGCAAAAACACCUUUCCAUCGAGACACUGGAGGGCCAUCCUGUGAGUGUCUUGCUCAUGCGUGUUCAACACGACGGGUGUAGCGAGCUGAGAUUUAAAAACAUUACAGCCUCCGAUUCCACUUCAGGUUUAAAUUCGCCAACAGAAACCCCGUAUGAAGAGUCCGAGGAAGAUUCAGAGGAGUCCGAGGAGGAAUCGGAUUCGUUCUGGUCGACCGGUCGUCGGACGCACAUUGCCAUAAAUCCUCCACAGGAACACGCUGUCAUGAUCCAUGAGCAGGUGAUCACAACGGCUAUCAACACCCAAUCUAAGGCCGCGCGACGAGAGGCUGCAAAGAAGGUUCUUGAGCUAAUGGACAAUGAUCCGGACUUCGUGGCACGACACUGCGAUUGUGGAACAAGAAAACAGGCCAGGGUUUGA